AGGGAGCCGGCCGCUGUGCCAGUAGCGGGCGGCGGCGGCGGCUGUAGCCGUCGCCGCCGGGGGCGGUCCCCCUUCCUGUGGACCCCGCGGGGUGUGGUGCGGCGCCGUCUCGGGGCUGCCCGGGCGACGGGCGCCGAGGAGCGGGUUGCACGCGCUGGGCGGGGGCGACAAGGCGGACCGGCGCCCGAGCGACGCCGCGGCGGCCGUGACCGAGGAGUCCCGCGGCCGCCGCGCUGCCCACGCCUCGCCUCCCGGCCGCUCCCGCGCUGGCGCCCUCGGCGAGGCUCCCGUGGGCCGACGCUCGCGCCGACGGCGGCGCCGGCGCCCGUGGUGGCGGAGGUGGCGACGCCGGCGGCGGCGGCCGCGGCGGGGCGGCUCCCGGAGGUCCUGUCUCCGGCGGGACGAGGAGGCGGCGCCCGGCGAGGGAUGCGCGGAGGCCGCGGCUGCUGCCUCCCCGUCUCUGGCCCGCAGGACCUCCUUGCGCCCCCGACACCGCAGACGCCGGCAGCGGCGGCCGCGCCGGAGCCUGGCCAUGGAGAACAUCGUGGCCAACACGCUGCUGCUGAAGGCGCGCCAAGGAGGAUAUGGCAAAAAAACCGGUCGUAGCAAAAAAUGGAGGGAGUUACUGAAGCUGCCCCGUGUCAGCCAGUGCAGCGAGCUCAGAGAGUCCAUUGAAAAGGAUUAUAGCAGUCUUUGUGACAAGCAGCCAAUAGGAAGACUUCUCUUCAGGCAAUUCUGUGAUACAAAACCAGAUCUUAAGAGGUGCAUUGAAUUCUUGGUUGCAGUGACAGAGUAUGAAGUUGCCAUUGAUGAGGAACGAAGAGAUUACGGAUUAUCAAUCUUAGAGACAUUCUUCGAUAAUGAGGCAGAAGCCCCUUUACCAGAAAUACCUCCAGAUGUUGUGAGAUACUGUAGAUGGAAUCUGAAGCAGAACCCCUCCAAAGAUGUCUUUGAGGAAUGCACCAGAGUUAUCCAUAACUAUUUGAGUAAAGAUCCAUUUGAAGAAUAUCAAGAAAGCCCUUAUUUUUCUCAAUUUUUGCAAUGGAAAUGGCUGGAAAGGCAACCAGUAACAAAGAAGACAUUUAGACAUUACAGAGUUCUAGGAAAAGGUGGAUUUGGAGAGGUUUGUGCCUGUCAAGUAAGAGCUACAGGAAAAAUGUAUGCCUGCAAAAAACUAGAAAAAAAAAGAAUAAAAAAGAGGAAAGGUGAAGCUAUGGCUCUGAAUGAAAAAAGAAUCCUGGAGAAAGUGCACAGUAGAUUUGUAGUUGGUUUAGCCUAUACUUACGAAACCAGAGAUACCUUGUGUUUGGUGCUAACCAUCAUGAAUGGAGGGGAUCUGAAAUUCCACAUUUACAACCUGGGCAAUCCUGGCUUUGAUGAGCAGAGAGCUGUUUUCUAUGCUGCAGAGGUGUGCUGUGGCCUGGAAGAUUUACAGAAGGAAAGGAUUGUAUACAGAGACCUGAAGCCGGAGAACAUCCUCCUGGAUGACCAUGGACACAUCCGGAUUUCAGAUCUUGGUUUAGCCCUGCAGAUCCCAGAAGGGGAGAUGGUUCGAGGAAGAGUUGGAACUGUUGGCUACAUGGCUCCAGAAGUUAUCAAUAAUGAAAAGUACACAUUUAGUCCUGAUUGGUGGGGACUUGGCUGUCUGAUAUAUGAAAUGAUUCAGGGACAUUCUCCAUUCAGAAAAUUCAAAGAGAAAGUCAAACGGGAAGAGGUUGAUCGAAGAGUGAAGAAGGAUCCUGAACAGUACUCCACGAAGUUUUCUGAGGACACCAAAUCCAUUUGUAGGAUGCUUCUCACCAAGAACCCAAGUGAACGGCUGGGCUGCAGGGGCGAGGGAGCCGCAGGAGUAAAGCAGCACCCUGUGUUCAAGAACAUCAGCUUCAGCAGACUGGAGGCAAACAUGUUAGAACCCCCUUUCUGCCCUGAUCCUCAUGCCAUUUAUUGUAAGGAUGUCAUGGAUAUUGGGCGAUUCUCUGCAGUGAAAGGAGUCUACCUGGACACCACAGAUGACAGCUUCUACGCUCAAUUUGUUACUGGGUGUGUCUCCAUCCCCUGGCAGACUGAGAUGAUCGAAUCUGGAUGCUUCAGCGAUAUCAACGAAAGUGAAAAUGAGGGAAGUUUGUCACUGGAUCUGAAAGCAAAGGAAUGUCCUCCAGUUCUCAGACGAAAAAGGAAUUUCUUCUAUAGAGUCUUCAGUGGAGGGCACAUCUCAUCCUCAUUACAUGUCAGUGUUCUCCAGCUCCGUGUGGCAGAGGCCGAAGUAGUGGGCACGGCAGGGCAGCUCCAGCGUGCACCGGGUGCACCGUGGCUGACAGCCAUGAAGCCCACUCCCACCAGGCAGGCCGAUCUGUGUGCCACCAGCAGUGUGACGCCCUGACCUGGGGCCUUCCAGGAGACAAGGCCCCCCAGCACAGAAUCCACUCCUGGAAACUUUAAAGCUGACUUUCCAAGUACAGCUUACACUCCCUACCAAAGAAACAUGUGGUGACUGGCCAACUGAUGAUGUAAGGAGGGAGACUCCUGCAGACUCGGCAUGGCCUCCAGACAAAGACGCCCUCCUGGCUGGCAGUCAUCAGCAUGCCCGGCCUGCUCCCCCAACUCGUCUUGUGCAGCUGCUGGAAAAAACUGCCUGAGCAUCCGACCUGGACAGACUGAGAACCUGUCCAAAGGAGAAGUUGCUCCUGGAGAAGCGGAUUAACUAGAACCACUGAGAACCGGGAAUGUGAAGGCAUCUGUACACUCACUUCCUUGUUCCUCUUAAAAAAAUGUCAACGCCAUUUGAAAAGCAGUAACAACACUGGGAAACUAUAUGCUGAAAGAUGUCACAGCCAAGUGCAAAGCAUGAACCUUGACUGGGUCCUUGCUUAAAAAAAACAAAAACGCAAAACAUUUAAAGACACCUUAGGGACAUCUGGGUAUCUGACUUGGGACCAGAUGGUGAAUGGUGCUGGACGGUUAUGUGGCUCUUAGUGCCCAAGAGGUCUGCUGUUGUCCUGAGGUGAAGGGCGACAGUGUCUUCCACUUGCCCUCCUGGGGCAGGGAGAGUGGGUACAUGAAGAGAAAGCAGAUGCCCUGGGAUGUUAAACGUUGAGCAAGAGGCCUGCCAGUGGCCUCUCGGUGUGUACAGGAAACCUCAGGAGGCACCCAGCCCCCCGUGUAGAGUGUGGCUGAGACGAGAAGAUGGCAGCUUUGGCAGGAGGGACCCCUGGAGAGGGAAGAGCAGACAGGUUUGUGCCACAGUUGGGAAGAGGUGGCCAUUUGUUGUAGCUCUGCUCAGCUGAUGGACUGUGAGCUCCUUGGGUCAGGAACUUGUCUUAUUUUUAUUACAUUCCUAGCACCUGGCACAUGGUAAGUACCCCAAAAUGUGGUUGCUGCAUUUAAUUAAGCUGCUAACCAGCAAAGACUAAAGGAGGGGAGCUGGCUGAGAGGAAAGUGCUGUGUUUUUAUGUUGACAAGAAACUCAUUUCCAUCCACGUGGCUGGCAUUCAUUUGUAAUGUAAGCUUUGCUUACUUCUAAAGAGUACUUGAGGCCACUGGCCAUGGGGCUGAACCACAGGAUAAUGGAAAUAGAAAGUCAUGCAAUGUAGAAAAGCCAGCUGUAUCUGGGAUUGAGCCCAGAGCAGUUGCCACUGGGCUUUAAACAAAUCCAUUUCUCAGACCCCCCUGCAUUCCUCCUCUGUGAGCAGGCAGGUGUCCUUGUGGAGUGAAUGUUCUCUCACAAGCCGGAGCACCACUAGGAGAGGCCAGAUAGGACAUAAGCUCUUCAACAAGUGUGUGGGGUGGACAGGAGACGUCGUAGCCAUCACCCAAAGGACACAGAGCCAGUCCUGCAAAGAGCUAUGUGCUCCUGGUCUUUGUGAAUGUGCCCUGAAAGAGGACAGGAGUAUGAGCAAGCUCCGGACAUCCCCACAGAGCCCCUGGCCACUGACGUGGUCCUUCAUCUGGCCCUCCCUGGGCACAGAGCUCGAUUACUUACCACCCCUACCUCCAGCCCAUUGGAGAGAUUGUCAAAGUGCAUUACGGGAGGAAUGUGGGCUGCAGUGCCAUGAGGCAUACGUAGUGGUCACAUGAAAUAAGACCCAACUCUGCUUUAUCCAAGAGACACAUCUGAAACAGGGCAGGAAAAGUUGAAAUUUAACCACUGGCAAGGGCACACUGGGAAAGGCAACAAAAAUAAACAGUCACUAUCUUCCCAUCAGGCAAGGUAGAAUCUAGGCCAGGAAACAUGAAACAGAGACACUGGGAUAUGUCCUUUCUCAAAGAGACCAAGUGGUGGGAAGCUGCACACCUGUCACAGCCGGCUUUCCUAGGGCAAGAACGAGCUGAGCCCCCUCUCUGUCCAGCCAGACCCUGUGCAGGGACGCGAGGGCCAGGGGGCUCGUCUUAGGGAAACAUUUGUGGUGUCCUCUGGACUGAUAAUGGAGGGUACACCUUCUCAAAUGCCCAAGGAACAUUCAUGAAAAGUGAUCAUGUCUGGCACGAAGAGUACCCUAAUAAAAAAUUUAAAUAGGUGCAAAUAGAGUCAAAUACAGAAGAGGUUAUAACUAAUAUUUGAUCAUGAAUGUAAUAAACUUAUGAAUUAAGUUAGUAAACAAAAGAGACCCUGUCACCUGGAAAUGUAAUAGUGUCUACUAAAAUUCUUGGGUAAAAGAAGGUAUGUGAAACAAAAUUGCAGAGCUUUAUGGAAUGAAAAUAUCAUUUAUACAUCUGGAGAUGUGUGAUGAACCAAAACAGUGCCCAAGGAGAACACUUCUACCUCUUAAUUACAUCAAUUAAAUAAAAUAAAGGCCUGAAAAUAAGCAAAUUGAACCUCUAGCCCAAUAGGGUAGAAAAAUAACAAUGUUUGUUUGAAAGGAAAAAAAGCAGAAGGAAGAAAUUAAUGAUAAAAGCAGAAAUGACUAUAAAACAAAAAUUAGAAUACAAAUAAUAAAGAUGCUUGUUCUUUAAAAAAAGCCAAAAUAUCUAAGAAAAAAAGGGAGAAAAUGCAAAUAUACAAAAAUUUUAAGGGUAGAAAAAUCACAUAAAGAGGGAGUUAAAGAUAACACUUUGUACAACUUUAUGAAAAUAUAAUAAAACCUGGAUGGUAUGUAUUUCUAGGAAAACAGUUUAUCAAAACUAACCACAAGGAAGAAAAUAGAGUCUAAACAGAUUAAUUUCUUUUUUCCCAUUUUUUUAUUGGGGCAUGACAGUUGUACCUAACGGUGGGGUUUGUUGUUACAUUGUCAUACAUGCACAGACAAUAUAAUUUGGUCAGUACUGCUUCCCAGUCCUCCUCUCCCCCACCUCCUUCUCCCCUGGUCCCUUUCCUCUACUCUGCUGAUCCCUGGUCCCCCUUCAGUUUCCAUGAGACACCCUCCUCAACCUUUCUUUUCCUUUUUCCUCUCUAGCUUCCACAUAUAUAUGUAUCACAUUUUGUCUAAACAGACUGAUUUCAAAAGUAGAAAUGGAACUGUCAAAGAGCGACCUACCCUUGAAAACAUACCAGCUCUGGUGAUUUUGUGACACAGUCCUGUGAGCGCCAGAGGGUCUUGUCCCUGCACCAGAAGAAUGACGUACUCAGAGGCUGGAGGGUUAGAACUGAGUAGCAGAUUUAUUAGAAGCAAGCAAAGAAAGCUCCCCAUGGCAUGGGAAGAGCCCCAAAGUGGGUAAUGUUGGUGGCUGUCUGUCUAGGGGUUGUUUACUGUUUUAAUGAGGAGCUAACCUUUCACUGGAGAGUCCUCCCUGAUUGUUUUCUUUCUCUGAUUCAAUUGAAAGUGUGCAAUUUUAAUUUCUUAGUCCCAUGUUGGGAAGGUUGAAUGUGUUUUGUUAACCUGAGUUUGUCCUGUACUUGUUCCUUAAAAUGAAAGCACUGCUUGGGUUCAGAACAGCUCUUUGGGGUUGACUAAUGUUAGGGCAGUCAAGGAAGCCUGGGGCAGCUGAUGGACACGGAGAAUACAAAUCCCCAGGAUAACGAGGCCUGGGAAAAGGAGACCGUGUACUGACGGCCUUCAUCUCCCAGGACAAAUGCUUUACAGGCGCCAGCCAGCUGCAGGCAGGGAGGAGGUGUUUCAUCACCCUUAGAGGAAAUAGUCUCCCACGUCAGUCCUCUUCAGACACUGUCCACAGACUCUGACCAAAAGGCUCACAUUCCCUAGUGUCCAAGUGAACUGACAUAUGUUUACAGACCCCCCCUCAAAAUAACCUAUAUAAGCCUAGUCCCUUUCUUUGUUCAGUGGCUCAUUUUCCACCAGGAGCGUGGGUCCAUGGGCGCCAUUUCAUCCCCAAAUAAAGAGCUGAGAUGACAUGUGUGGUCUGCAUCCUGCCUGGUCUUUUUGUGCUAACAGCAACAGAAUAUAUAGACGUCUAAGCACGAGUGGCCCUUCCAGUCAGGCAGCCAACAACAACCACGAAACAAGCUUUCGCCUGAGAUUGUGAUCUGGGCUGGUGGGAGCCAUUCUAUCUCCAUGAAAUGUUAGCAAACCUCAAAGAGCAAUAGUUCAAAUGGAUUUAAAUGUUCCAGAACCUAGAAAAGAUCUCCCGAUCCUAUUUAUAAAGCAAGUACGAAGUAUAAUCUUAUAUAGACCUCACAUAGAACUCCAUAUUCUUUUAUGAAUACUAAUGGCAAAACCUUUAAUAAAAUAUUAUCAAACAAGCCAAAAUACAUUUUAAAAUUACAUCAUAAUGUAAUGUGGUUUAUUUCAAUAAUGCACGAAUGGCUUAAUACUAAGAAAUUAAGUAACAUAACAUACUGUAUGAACAGGUCCAAAGGAAAAAUAAAAGAUCAUUUUCAUAGAGGCAUUUGCCCAAAUCCAACACCUGUGUUUUUUUAUACAAAUAAAUGUUUUUUAAAAUAAACCACUACUUUAGCAUGAUAAAAUAUAUUCAUCAGCCCAGAAGACAGCACUUUACUUUGAGAGAAUACCCUGGAGGCAAGCAUGUUAGAAUCAAAUAAGGGAAAGAUGACCAGUCUCGACAUUAUAUUUAUUAUUUCUGGGAGGAACUUCUGUGUACAUUAAUGAUGGACUAUAGAACACAGAUUAUCCUCCUGAUGAAAAUAAAGCUAGAUAAAUAGAAGCAUCAAGAGUAAGCGGCUUUCAUAGAUGAAAGCCAGGAAAAGGUGAGAGGGAACCCAGACAUCAGGGCUGCUUCUGCUCACUUGGACAAGAGACCUGGGAGGCUAGGGAACAAAAAUCAAAUCCAGAGCAUGUCAGAACCAGGUUCUCAGUGCACUCUCCACUUUGGGGUUCAGCCCAUCCAAUAGUAAGGUGACUUGGAAAUAAAUCAGCUUUCAAAUAUAGGCAGUCCACAGGGGGCAGACCAAGUUUCUCCAUUUCAACCACAUAGUUUCUCAAAACUGGAACUUGGAUCAAGAGGGACCAAGUUUUCAGGAUCCCCAGGAGCGUGGCAUUGAAAAAAAAAAUCUUUUCUGGAAGAUAAUACCUUAACUUUCAAAUUACUUCUA